AUGGGAAACGCAACAAGCAAAGAGCACGCUCAUAACGGAAUUACUAAUAUAAUUGAAAAUACCACAAGCAGCAUAAAUGUAGUGGAGCUGAAAUCAGAUACAGCGAACCAAUUAAUAAACGAGCAUGCAUCAAAUCAAAAGUUAGCAGAUAUACUAGUUCCACCACCUUCAAACAUUUCAACAAUCAGUUUGGCGUCCAACUUUCAUAUCAGUGAGCAUCUCACGGAGCAUGUCAUUUACAGCAAUCUCGUGAAGCAGGACACAGUGCUGGCCCGUGUUUGGGUUGCACAAUGCAAACUAUACGGUUUCGGUACACCGAAAAAUGAAGCAGAAGGCGCACAAGCAUUAUACGCAUUGAGAAAUCAUCGAGAGGCCUAUUACCCUUUAGCUUGCUAUUACUACGACCAUCAAGAUUAUACUAAGGCAUACGAAUAUUUUAAGAAGCUUCAAGACUGUAACCAUUUCGCACAAUAUCGGAUUGGUUUAAUGCUCUUUCACGGUCAAGGUGUCCCUGUAGAUUAUCAGAAAGCGCUUCAUUACAUAAGUAUGGCCGCCAGUAAUAACAAUAAGUAUGCUCAGUUUCUUAUGGGUGUCUAUUAUGAACAUGCUAUACUGGUUAAUCAAUCUAUUACUUCCGCGCGGAUGUGGUACGAACGGUCUGCUUACCAAGGGUUUGCAGAAGCACAGACAGCCGUUGCUAGCUUGUUAAUAAACCAGAUGGGUUUGAAUACUAACGAACAAAUCUUUCCACUCUCUGAAGAUAAAAAAAAACUUAAACAGCAAGCUUUGAAUUGGUUAUAUAAAGCAAGCGCCCAAGACAAUGCCACUGCAUUGAUUCGUUUGGGCGCCCUUUAUGAAGAAGGAAUACUUUUGCCGAAGAAUAUCACGAAAGCAAUUGAUUGUUAUCAACGAGCAGCAAAAUUGUCCCCUAGACCUCAUCUAACAGCAUUGGCACAAUAUUUGCUGGGUAUCAAUUAUCGAUUUGGCCAUGAAGAAUUAAUGCAGGAUUACAAGCUUGCCAAAGAAUACUUGUCAUUCUCUGCUGAUUUAGGAUAUGGACCUGCUCAACGAGCUUUAGCCAUCAUGUAUGCAGAUGGUUUAGGAACUACAAAGGACGAAGAGAAAGCAAAUGAGCUUUUACAGAGAGCGAUCGCUCAAGGAGAUCCCCAUACCGUUAGUUUUAUGACCCAGCAUCAAAACCAUAAACAUAAGACUUCUGUCAAAUCUGCACUUCUUUCGUUUGAAAAAGCAGCUAAAUCGGGAUCUUUAACAGCUCAGCUAUCUUUGGCAGGACUAUUACAGCGUGCUGGUCAACAUACUUUAGCUUUUCAAUGGUUCGAAACAGCUGCCAAAAAUACAUUUAAUCAAAACAGCAAUAACAAACACGAACAAAUGUCGCUACUAGACUUCAGUGUAGGAUUCGUAACGCAACGCAAUACAGCCCGGCUGAUGGUAGCCCGAUAUCGCUUCAAUGGGUGGGGCGGUGUAAAACAGGAUUGUUUCUGGGCGUUCCAAGAAUUUAAAGCUUUAUCCAACAGUGGCUUUCCUAAUGCCCAUUACUGGUUAGCAGCAUGUUAUGAGGAAGGUGUUUACGACAAGACAAAUAAUCAGCAGAUAGUACAGCCCGAUUUAAAGCAAGCUUUGAACUAUUAUAAAAAGUCGGCUGAAGCAGGUGAUCGAGAUGGGCAAUUUCAGCUGGCCUAUAUGUUGGCCAAUGGAUUAGGCGUGCCUAAAAGUACACAAGCAGCUUUACCUUGGUUCAUGAAAGCAGCAGAACAGGGGCAUGUUAUUGCUCAUUAUAGUUUAGGUCUCUAUUAUGAAAAUGGAAUAGGUCUCUCUUCUGACGUCGAGAAGGCAAAAUAUUGCUACGAAGUUGCGGCUGCAGAAAUGCCUAUGGCUAUGGUACGAUUAGCAAGAAUUUUAAUUGCAACGGAUACAACAACGACAAAAAAGGCAGCAGAUCUUUUGCAAAGAGCUAUUGCAAAAGGGUGUGCACCUGCCUACCGAGAAUUGGGUAACCUGUAUUUGAGAGGCUUGAUGGACGAUGAAUCAAAUCAUGUUGGUUGGACCACUAUUACUACUGCAGAAAAUUAUAACACUGCAUUCAAAUACUAUCAAAUGGCAGCAGAAAAAGAUGACGCAUUAUCGUGGCAUAUAUUGUCAAACUUUUAUGAAGGUGCUUAUGUUCUAGAUAAUGGAGAAUCCGCAAUACCAAAAAACUUUGAAAAAGUAGUUGAGUGUCUUAAAAAGGCGAAAAUUCGUGGGCUUAAACUCACUAUUGCUUAUUUUAGUGCGUCAUUAGAUUUGGCAGAGGCUUAUCAUCGACGAGGUAUGACAGCGGAUGCAAUAACAGUUUAUGAAGAACUGGCUACUUCGAAAACUAUUGGCCUUCUUUACACCAAAAAAGCGCGAAUUGAAGCCGCCAAACUAUAUAUUUUUGAAAAUUAUGGAACAAAGGAGGAUAAAGAUAAAGCGUACGCAUGGUUGAAUGAAUUGGUUGCAAUAGUUCAAGAAGGAACCAACAGUGAUGCAAAAGAAGAUGCAGUUGAGCUUGCAGAAGUUUAUGAAUUGAUUGGCGUCUGUAUUGAAAAUGGAAUCGGAACUGAUGCCAAUAAAAAAGAGGCUUUCCGUUAUUACAUUGAAUGUGUGGAGGAAGAUGAUACAAACAUAGUAACAACUGCGACAACAUGUGUAGAAGUGCCUGUGAAAGAACGGAGACAUUGGGCAAAGCAAAGGUGUUUAUGUCGCUUGAUUUAUAACUGUAUGGAGGAACAAAAUUAUCAUGCAGCAUUAGCUUAUCUUGAUAUUCUCAAACCAGACUUGCGUGAUAUGGCCAAGUUGGAUUCAGAAGAUGCAAAGGCUCAGGCUUGCCGGAUGAAAUAUUUUUUGGGUUAUCUGCUAUUACACGAACAUGCUACAUAUGACUCAGUAGAUGAAGGACAUGGCUGGUUAAAGAUAGCUGCUAAAGAAGGAGAUGCAGAUGCAGCAUAUGAAUUAGGCGUAUACUAUUUGAACAAUCAUGACAACAUCCCAAAUGCAGAUAGAAAAGCUCUAAAACAAUUCAGACGUGGGGCAGGUAUGAAUCAUGCUGGAUGUAUGCGAGAGUUAGCUCUCAUAUUAAUUGAAGAAGAAAAGGAUCCCAUUCUUGCUGAAAAAAAUCAAGAAGUGAAGGCCAGAAUUUUUACACUUCUGUUAAAUGCGUGUCAAUUAAAUGACACUGAGGCCAUGUACCAAUUUGCGCAAAUCCAUGAAAACAGUUUGGGAAAUAUUAUCCCUGAAAAAGAUAUGGAGAGGGCAGCAAAUUGGUAUGCUAAAGCAGCUCUAAAAAAUUAUGAGCCGGCUAUGAUCAAAGCAGGCGAAAUUCUUGGAGAUGUGCUGGGGCGACACGAUGAAGCUAUCAGCUGGUUCCAAAAAGCAAUACUGAAUUAUAAUAAUUUGAAAGCAAAAGUAAUGCUCAUAUCCUACAGGUUCCAUGGUAUUCAAAUCGACCAGCAACCUUCGACAGAUAGAAAUGUAUUAAAGUCACUACAAGAAGUAAUCAAGGAAGGGAUGAUUCUCAUGAAAAAGAAAUGCUUGUCAAACACGACUUAUUGCCCUUCCCGCGAAGAGUUCCUACGCGAAGAGUUAAUCAAGGAUGCAUUAGGAUUGGCACUCUACCUGCUAGGUCAAUGUUACGAAUAUGGUAGAGGCGUUGAAAUCAAUUUGGCAAUUGCUAAAAACUAUUACCGACACUCUAUCCAUAUCUCACAAAAUACGGAAGCUAUGUGGAGAUUGGGUGCUAUAUAUGCAGACAAAGAAAACAACGAUACAAGUGCGUCGGAUUGGUAUCGAAGGGCAACAGAGAGAGGGAAUCAUCCAGAAUCCUUAUACCAGCUUGGAGUAUUCCAUUUGUACGGACGAGCUGGUUUAGACAGAAAUAUUCUUGUGGCUAAAAGAUAUCUCACUGCGGCAGCGGAACAAGGUCAUCCAAAAUCGACAUAUGAGCUUGGACGAAUUGCCUGGAGUAUUGAUGGUGAUCAUCUAUACGGUUAUGGACUUUAUAAAGAUGCCGGUCAACAACAUGUUCCUGAGGCUUUAAGAGAAUUGGGGCAUCUUACUCAUACUGGAUCGGUCGCGCACGGCAUCAACAUUAUCAAAAAAAAUCGCAAGCAGGCAUUUGCAUACUAUUACGAAGCUGCUCAAUUGGGUGAUGCUGUAUCCGCGUUGAUGGUUGGGAAUUACUUUGAAGAGGGCUAUUUACAGAAAGAAUUAGAGCAAAACUUUGAACAAGCGUUAUACUGGUAUACAACUGCGUACAAGUUGAAAGGUGGGGCUGUGACUGAAUUGGCAAUUGGAAAACUGAAACACAUGUUGGCUGAUGAAGUAGAAGACUUCAAAGAGGCUGAGGAUUUGAGAGAAGAUGCCUUGACAUGGUUUGAAAAAGCUUCGAGCGAUUUAAGUUCUGCUGCAUCUUUUAUAGCACGAGUUAUGAUUGCACUAUACAAUUUGAAUGGAUGGGGGGGAAAAAAGCGGGACCCCGAAUUUGGUUUUCAAACACUACUGCAUCUUGCCAAUUCAGGCGUCACUGAAGCUUAUAUACCCGUGGCAAAAUGCUACGAAGAAGGCCUAGGAACGGAUUUGGAUAAUACUAAAGCUUUGUACUAUUGGCAUAUGGCAGGCGAGGCAAAUGAUGCGGAAGCAUUGUUCCGUCUAGGUGAUUUUUAUGCUUUAGGUCUGACGGGAAUAAUAGACAAGUCCAUAGCAGAACAUUAUUAUGACAAAGCAAGAAGCUUAGUUGAAGCAAAGCAGGCAGAAGAUAGUUUGCUUCGCUACCAUGAGACCAAUUCAAUUUCUUCCCUUUGCCGUUGA